CAUUGCUUGAUUUCAAAAGCACUACUAAUAUGAAGGAAGACUGUUUUUUUACUCCUCGUCCUAUAAUACAAACUUGGAACGAGAGUAAAGAAUGCUGCUUGUGGGAGGGCAUCACAUGCGACAAGCCGAAGGGUCACGUGAUUGGUCUUGAUCUUAGCAGUAAUUGUCUUAAAGCCAAUCUAACUACAAAUAGUAGUCUCUUCCGCCUUGAGAAAUUGCAGAGUCUCAACCUUUCUGGCAAUUACUUUCAUUAUCCUAACAUCUCGUUUGGGUUCGACCGCUGGAAGAGUUUGACAUAUUUUAAUCUUUCAGAUUCAUAUUACGUGGAUGGCUCUCUCCUAUUUGAUGAGAUCUCCUUGCUAUCAAAAUUGGUUUCACUCGAUCUCUCUGAUAAUUAUGGUUUGCUUCUUAACAACAUAAAGUUUCAAAUGCUUGUUCAUAACUUAACCGAAUUAAGGUUUCUUAUCCUUGAUUCUGUGAAUAUGUCUCUGGUUGCACCUUCUUCCUUGCUAAACUUGACUUCCUCCUUGGAAUAUUUGAGCCUUAUUGAUUGUAAUUUGCAAGGAAACUUUCCAAACCAAGUUUUUCAGCUAAUGAAAUUGGUUUCACUUGAUCUCUCUUAUAAUGAUUUGUUUCUUGACAACAUAAAGUUUCAAAUGUUUGUGCAUAACUUAACAGAAUUAAGGUUUCUUAUCCUUGAUUCUGUGAACAUGUCUCUGGUUGUGCCUUCUUCCUUGCUAAACUUGACUUCUUCCUUGGAGCAUUUGAGCCUUAGCUAUUGUAAUUUGCAAGGAAACUUUCCAAACCAAGUUUUUCAGCUUCCAUCUCUCCGGCUUAUUGAUCUAACUCACAACCAUUACUUAAGAGGUAAUUUGCUUGAGUCAAACUGGAGUAGUACCCUCAAGUACUUGUAUCUCAAAAGCACAAGCUUCUCGGGAGAGUUGUCUCAUUUAAUCAGAAAUUUUAAACUCCUAGAGGAAUUGGACCUUUAUGUUUGCCAAUUUUAUGGAUCAAUUCCUAGAUCUCUUGCAAAUAUUACAGAGAUAACUUACCUAGAUUUUUCUUCUAACCUUUUGGAAGGACAGAUUCCAGAUGUUAUUGGAAAAAUGCACAAGCUAACUCAUUUGAGCUUUUCUAAUAACAGUUUUCACGGUGAAAUUCCUGCAUCAAUCUCCAACCUCACCCAUCUUACUUUGUUGUCACUGUCAUCAAAUGAGCUAUUAGGUCAAGUACCAUCUUGGUUGUUUUCUCUGCCUUCUUUAUCCUACUUACUCCUUCAAAACAACAGACUUACAGGUUCAAUUGAUCAUAUUGAGAUGCCCAAUCUCAAUUUAGAAAAAGUGUUUCUAUCCAAUAAUGAGAUAAAUGGUUCAAUUCCUAGCUCUUUCUUUCAUCUUGUGAAUCUUACUACAGUCGACCUUUCUUCAAAUAAUUUAAGUGGCACCAUUACAGCCAACAUGCUUUCAAAACUUGUAAACCUUCAGAAUCUGGAUCUUUCCAAUAAUAGUUUGCUGUCUUUGAGCAAUAAUGGCACUGGUGUUAACCAUUUCUUUCCAAAGCUCUUUGUUUUUAAAUUCUCUUCUUGCAACAUACACAAGUUCCCAAGUUUCUUAAGGAAGGCAAAGAGUUUGCAAGUAUUGGAUAUUUCCAAGAACAACAUUUCUGGUCAAAUUCACAAAUGGGAAAUAGAAGCUUGGGAUUCUAUGCAACAACUCUUCAUUUCAGGGAAUAAUUUGAAUGGCGAAAUCCCUUCUUCUUAUUGCAAUUUGAACUCUCUUGAAGUUCUGGAUUUUGCUUAUAAUAGUUUGGGAGGAAAAAUUCCAAAAUGUCUUGGAAACUUGAGAAAUCUCGCCUUCUUGGAUCUGCGGAUGAAUAAGUUUCAUGGUAGAAUACCAAAUUCUUUUGUCAACAAGAGUGAACUGAGAACUCUUAACUUAAAUGGCAACCAGUUGGAAGGUAUACUGCCACGGUCUUUGGUUAAUUGCAGUAACUUGGAAAUUCUAGAUGUGGGGAACAACAACUUGAAUGAUACCUUUCCAGAUUGGUUAGGUGUUCUUCUAUCGCUAAAAGUUCUCAUCCUUCGAUCUAAUGGAUUUCAUGGUGCUAUCAACAAUUCUAUGCCUGCAUAUUACUUCCUUCAGUUGAGAAUCAUUGAUGUUGCGCAGAAUGAUUUUAUGGGUCUCCUACCGAGUAACUAUUUCAAAAUUUUGAAAGGUAUGAGAGAUGUAGCUCCAGCUGAUACAUUGGAAUACAUUGGUGACGAGCAAGUAGAUGAGCCUUCUACCCAUGAAUGUAAAAAAAUUUAUAUUUGCCGAGAUGGUGCUUCUCCUUACUAUUAUAAGGAUUCUGUGAAGGUUGUAAUGAAAGGGUCAGAGAGGGAGCUUGAAAGGAUCUUGAAAAUUUUCACAACUAUAGAUUUCUCAAGCAAUCAAUUUCAUGGACCGAUUCCUAAAGAGCUGGGAGAACUCAAUUCACUUAAAGGGCUAAACUUGUCUCACAAUAGUCUCACAGAUCAAAUUCCAUCAUCGUUGGGGAAAUUAGCAGCACUCGAGUCAUUAGAUCUCUCAUCAAACAAGCUUGAAGGUAGGAUUCCUGAGCAAUUGACAAAGCUGACGUUCCUAUCAGUUUUGAAUCUUUCAUACAAUGAACUUGUGGGCCACAUACCUGAAGGGAAGCAGUUCAAUACUUUCUCAAAUGAUUCCUACAUUGGAAACUCUGGGUUGUGUGGAUUCCCAUUGGCAAGGAAUUGCCACGAGGAGGAAGAACCAGGAGCACCUCCAAAAUUUAAUGAAGAGGAUGACUCUACAACACUCCUUGAGUGGAAGUUUGCAUUGGCAGGCUAUGGGUGUGGACUAGUGUUAGGACUUAGUCUAGGAUACAUUUCCUUCACUAUAGGAAAACCAUGGUGGGUGGUGAAGAAAGUGGAGAAAUAUCAACAAAAAUUAGUUGAAGGGUACAACAGCAGCCAUAAGAAGAGAAAAACCAAAAAACGCAACCAACGCUCUUAGGUGCAUGCAGGUGCAGUUGAUUUCCUGCUCCGGGGAGAUCUAGCAACAGUUGCUUCUUGAGUUUGUUUCCAUAUUUUUCAUGUUCAUUGUUGAUAUAUAGUUGUGUUGCCUUGUGUGGGAAUUAUGAUUAUGUAUGAAUUUGUGUUGAUUUCUUUUGGAUUUCAUUUAUUUGCUCUGCAGCAGUUGCUCAUGUAUUUUUCUUGGAGUAAUUGGUUUCUUUUAAUGUUAUCUAUCUCUUUGUAUUUUAUUCUCUUUUCCUUUGUUUUGGUUGCCUUUAAACGGUGCAUUUUACUGAAGU